GCCUCAAACAAGAUUGAAACAUAGGAAGGAAAAAUAUUUAUUUAAAAACAGAGACAAGGGCGCUAAAUACAAAUAUACAAACAGAAUAAAAUGUGAAAAAAAUUGUAAUAAUUCUAACUAAAGCAACUCUUUUGAGGAGAUUGUUUUUCUCCUGGUGAAUAUAAUCAAGAAUGGCCCCUCGUCUGCAGCUGGAGAAAGCCGCUUGGCGGUGGGUCGACUCAGUAAAACCGGAGGACAUAACGCAGGAACACAUCGAGCUCGCGUACCGUAUCGCCGUACCGGCGUGUAAGAGGGGAACAUGCAGGAGGAACUGCAAAGGGAACCCGAAUUGCCUGGUCGGAAUCGGGGAACAAUCGUGGCUGGGAGAAAUUGAUGAAAACACCUUCCAUAACAUUGAUGACCCAAACUCAGAAAGAAGAGACAAGAACACGUUUGUAGGCCUGACGAAUCUCGGUGCCACGUGUUACGUAAACACCUUCCUCCAGGUGUGGUUCCACAACCUGGAGCUGCGUCAGAUGCUUUACCAGUGUCACAACUCUCGAGCUGAGGUGCACAACAUAGAGUCAGAUUACGAGCCGAAGACGAUAUGUGAGCACCUGCAGUACUUGUUUGCGUUGCUGCAGAACAGCAACAGAAGGUACAUCGACCCUUCGGGUUUGGUGAAAGCUCUAGGACUCGACACAGGGCAGCAGCAGGAUGCACAGGAGUUUUCCAAACUCUUCCUUUCACUUUUGGAAGACACACUGUCCAAGCAAAAGGAUCCAAACCUUCAAAAUGUGAUUCAGCAGCAGUUCUGUGGACAGUUUUCAUACGUCACUGUGUGUAACCAGUGCGGGCGAUCGUCCGCUUUACCGUCUCGGUUUUACGAGCUGGAGCUGAAUAUACAAGGGCACAAAAACCUGACGGAGUGCGUCACAGAGUUCCUCAAGGAGGAGAAAUUAGACGGAGAUAACCGCUACUUCUGCGAAAGCUGUCAGAGCAAGCAGUGCGCCACGCGUCGGAUUAAGCUCCACAGUUUGCCGCGGACUCUCAACCUUCAGCUCAUGCGCUUUGUGUUUGAUAGGCAGUCUGGUCACAAAAAGAAGCUAAACACUUAUAUUAGUUUUCCAGAAGUGCUUGACAUGAGCCCAUUUUUGGAAGGGAAAGAGGAGAAGUGUACAUAUGAGUUGAGCGCUGUGCUGAUUCACCGUGGCGUGAGCGCCUAUUCCGGGCACUACAUCGCUCACGUACGAGAUGCUCGCACCGACUGGUACAAGUUCAACGACGAGGAGAUUGAGAAGAUGGAGGGCAAAAAACUCCAGCUGGGCAUCGAGGAGGAUUUAGCUGAAACCGUGAAGUCUCAGACCCGGAAACCGAAAUACAGCAAAGGUUUUCAUUGUUCGAGAAACGCCUAUAUGUUGGUGUAUAAACGUCAGGAAGAGCAAGCGGACCAAGCCCAGACCAACGUAGAGGUGCCAGCCUUUCUCCAGAGGCUUGUGGACCAGGACAAUAAGAAGUUUGAGGAGUGGUGCAGUGAGAUGGCGGAUAUGAGGAAGCAGAGUGUGGAUAAGGGCAAAGCAAAACACGUAGAGGUCAAGGAACUCUAUGAGCUGCUGCCUCCACAAGAAGGUGAGCCGUACGAGUUUGUCCCGGUGGAGUGGCUGAAAAAAUGGUUGGACGACUCGACAGCCAUCAAGGAGAUCGACAACAGCCAUUUCCUGUGCUCGCAUGGCAAGCUGCACCCAGAUCGGCUGAGCGAGGUCAAACGCGUUUCCCACAGCGCUGCUCAGAGCCUCUUUGAUCGCUACGGAGGAGGACCCAGAAUAGACGGGUCAUUUCUUUGUAAAGAGUGUGUGGCUCGGCGGUGUCGUGUCCUAAGGCUUAAAAACCAACUCAAUGAAGACUACAGGGAGGUGACCAACCUCGCCAAGGCUCAGCCGAAAAGCGAUGAACAAGGUUUCUGGAUCGGAAAGGCGUCUCUGAGGCAGUGGAGGCAGCUGGCUCUGGAGCAGCUGGAGGAAGAGGAAGAGGAGACCAGACACAGCGACUGCAAAACAAACGGGGAAAAUUCCACAGGUGCUAAAGAUGGUGUGAAGGAAAACGACCGAGAAGACGAUGAGAUGAAGAGUUUUAACGAAGACAUUCUCUGCUCUCACAGUGGUCUAAGUAUUCAGGAGAGUGAGAGGCGGCUGGUCACGGAAGAAGUAUGGAGCAAGCUGAAGGUUUAUUUCCCUAAAGCGCCAGAGUUUACACAGGAACAGGAGGCCUGCCAGCAGUGUAUGAGGUUGGAGAGGGAGGGUAAAGAGAACGAGGCUCUGAAUCGAAUGAUGGCCAACGAGCAAAAGGGCGCCCUCCUCAAUCUUUUCCACGAGAAGAAUCGUCCUUCUUUACAGAAGUGGCCGCAGGACACCGAUAUUCUGUACAUUGUGCCGUUGUUCUUUGUGGAUGAAUGGAGGAAAUUUAUCAGGAAGCCAGCCAAGUCGAAUCCGGUGUCCAGCAUAGGAAACAGCAUCCUGCUGUGCCCCCACGGCGGCUUCUUGUUUACCUACGACUCCUUGCUCCAGGGAGACGCCCGGCAUGUAGCUCUGCUCUGGCCUGCUGAAUGGGAGGUGAUCGGCAGGCUGUUCUUGGUGGACCAGCCUAUCUCCAUAUGCAGGAUCCAUGAUACAGCGCAAGACAACGGAAAUGUGCAGUACCACACCCAGCCUGAGUUGUGUCGAGAAUGUCGAGAGGGCUUCAUAUUCCAGCAGCAAAGAGACUUGCGGGAGUACGCUCAGGCCACCGUGUACGUGCGCAAAGUCAUCGACAGCAAGAAGGUCAGCUUCCCCGUUCUAUCAAUGAUUAAAGAGGCUGCUCCUGAGUUUAGUAUGAGUGGAUCUGAAGCAGAAGAUGAGAGAGAGGAGCCCAAAAUAGAAGGAGAAAAAGACCCAGACUUCAGUCAGUCUGAGGACGGCGCAAAGCGGCAGAAGCUGAGUGAGGCAAGCCCUGCCGUCGCCGUCUCUUCCUCCUCUUCUUCGUCUUCCUCCUCGUCUGCUGCUGCUGUAGGAAAAUCAGGGAUUCGGAGGAGCAUGCGGCACAGGAAGCUGCGUGGCGAGAAAGCCCUCAUCGUCUCCGCCAACCAGACCCUGAAGGAACUCAAGAUCCAGAUCAUGCACGCUUUCUCCGUUGCACCGUUUGACCAAAACCUGUCCAUAGAUGGCCGAUCUUUAACUGAUGACUCGGCCACGCUAGGGAGCCUUGGAGUCUUUCCAGAAAGCAUUAUAUGUUUAAAGGCCGAUGAGCCAAUUGCAGAUUACGCCGCUAUGGAUGAUGCAUACCAAGUCUGUUUACCUGAGGAAGGAUUUAAAGGUACUGGACUACUAGGACACUGACGGAGGCUCUGGACGUGGAUGAACACUGACAGCAUCUGUGUGAAAUAAAUUGAAAAAGAAAAAAAAAAAAGGCUUGAAUUAGUCCGUGUUGACUGAGUAAAUAAACUCAGAUUUGUUUAGAGUCUGGUAUUUUUAUUUUUAUUAUUAUUUUUUUGAUUGCUUUAUGACUUAAAGUUGCAAAUCCUUUAUAAGUUGUCUGUCUUUGCUUCGGCAAAACAAAAAAAAUCACAUUUGUCGUCUUUUAAUAUUACAAGCUGUUGAUGCAUUCUGUAAAGUGCACACCAGGACUGUGAACAGAUACGGGUCAAGACCUUAUAUAUCAGCGUCUUUGUCCUUCGUGGUAGUGUCCUAUUAUCCCAGGAUGACGGAUUCACAUUUAGGCGCCCUUGAUGUUUUAGUUUCUGUAAGAUUUAUUACGCUCAGCGGUCAUGUGGUCCCAAAACGGCAGUGUCUUUCAGAUAUUCACAAAGAAUGCAUGAGCAACUUCAAUAUUAAAAUUGAUUCCAUUAAGCUACAUUUUCUUUUUCUUUCUUUUUUUUUUUUUUUUUUAGUUACUUCUUUUCACCAAAAAAUUAAUAAAUAAAUGAAAUUAUUUAAGAAGAAAAAUCAAAUUACAGUAAAAUGCCAUGUGUGAAGCAACAUGGAAGAAUAAUUUCCCAAAUCGGGAGAAAUAAUAAUAAUAAUAAUAAUAAUUAAAAAAAAAACUACACAAUAAUUAAGACAAAUUCUGCUAUUACUUGAAUUAUCAUGCAGACGUGUGUAAUGUUCUUUUCUGUAAAUCUUUCAUAUGGGCAAUAAAGUUCCUUUUUUUUUCA